UGAUGGGAUGGUGGGUUAUGUAGGUGCAACAGUGUACUCCUGGUCUACGAUGGGGGCACACAGACUAGCCUGGCUUGCUUGCGUUAUCCUGUGUUAUCAACAUGGAGCGGCAGACUCGACCAACGAAGAGGUUGGCUUCAUGAUGCUAACGGGAGACACUUUCAACCAAGUCGACCUCACGAGAGAUGGACCCAGCAUCGACGUUGGGGACUCCACUGGGAACGUGAUCGACGACAAAAUAGUCGAGGCGCUGGAGAACUUUAGGUCGAACAUGAGCAGUGGAUGGCCUGACCUAGGGAUCCCUCCCCUCGACCCCCUCUUCCUGUCGACCGUCGACCUCAAUAUUACCUCAGAUGACACGCAGUAAGUGUCG